UUGAUAUCUUAGAUAUAUGGUAGAUCAUCUAUUAACUUCUUUCAUUUCUUAUAAAUAUAUAGUGUUAAACAUUUUAAGCUUUCAAAACUUAUGAAGAUUUACAUUCGCGUAGAAACAAUCACUUAAAUAAGUUUAUCUUUUGGAGACACUAAUUGUUUAUUAAGCUUAACUCACUUAAAAGUUCGCGAGACCUAUUAUCACCUGCACUAAAAAUGUAAUUAGAGAAUUAUAGAGACAAAAAUUUUUACCCGAUUGAAUGAAGGCAAAAUCUAAUCUUCUCUUGAAAACUCAUUAAUGAAAGAUCGUUAGCGAAGGUUUGUUAGAUUCUGCAGAAAUUCUAAUGCCUCAUAAUUGCUCAUUAACGCCUAAACCGACUUAUUUCGUUUUAAUGACAACUCGGCGCGCCACUAAUCCUGUUUCAUUGUGGCCCGCAAUUAUCCAAAAUUAGCAAUCUCAAAGUGAAAUUGUUUUCUUACGAGAUUGAGCUGCUUCGUUAAUAGGGGAUUAAGCGUUGUUCUACGAAACUUUUUCCCCAGUUUCAGAAGAUAAUUGAUUGGGUAUUUGUUUUAGGUUGAAUUUAUUUUUUAAUUAGUUUUAAAUCUUUUUCUAAGAAGCUCGCUUCCGAUUAAUGCAUGCAAACUGUUCUUAUUAAGUAAAACUGCGUAAAAUUUUUAUUAAUCUAACUGUGUAUAUUGUUUAAAAUUUAUAAAAGGAAUCCUUAAAGGAUAAAGAAGAUUAUAACAUAGGAAAAAAAAGAAGAAGAAAUAAAAAAAGAUUAUAAAACAAAAAAAAAAUUAAGACUUUGAAGAGUUUAGCUUAAGUUUUAUUUCUUAUUGAUUUGAACCGAAAACGAACUAACUACCUGAAAUAAAAUUAUUUUAUUUUAUUUUAACUUAGUAGGUAAAGGUAUUUGUAUCAGAUUUAGACUACCAGAAACAUAGAAUCUUUAAAGUCAUUUAUCUACCAAAAACAAAUAAUAAAUAAAAAAAAAUUUAAUAUCAAUGAUAGCUUAAAACUGAUAUUUAGAGGUUAUGUCUGUUGACAAUCAUCAGGACUUGCAAGUUUGUUGUAAAUAUUUUCCCCACUCAUAAUAAGAACAAUUAGUUUCUAAACAUGUAUAGAGAAAUUCUAGAAUAUUUCCAACUAGAACAAACUCAUACUCGUUCUAGUGACUACGUUCUUCUUCGACAACCACUCUGGUAUUCCUUUUCGAAGGAAAUUGUCGAACAUAAGCACUAUGUCAACGCCGAACGUUGGGAGACAUCUUGGACUGUGGUCGUAAUGUGGACACUCUUAUCUCUUCUAGUCACUUUCACUUGCACAACAGGAUUUGUCGAAACAGAGUGGUUCGUACGAGAGAACAGCACUUCCAAUGAACAGACUAUACUGUCCUACGACCGAUCUUCUCUUGUAUACACACUGAGUAUGUUCAAUGUCUGCUACAGAGACAAAAUGCAGGCAAGUUUUCAUUGUCAUCGAUUCGAGAUCACCAGAUUUCCAUCGACAGCAUGGCAGGGAACGUGUCUGUUGUACGGCAUGGGCUGUGUGCUGCAAGGCUUUGGAACUAUUUUGCUGAUUAUUUGUCUUGUGAAUAAAAGUGGUGCGAUUAGAAGAGCUGGUGCACUCUUGUCUUCAUAUGCACAUGUUGCGGCUGGACUUCUCCAAACACUUGGACUUCUGCUAUAUCCUCUAAUACUGGAUACAUAUGUUGGAAGACUUCAUUGUGGUAACAAAGCACAUGCAUACGGAUUAGACUUUUGCCGAAUCGGCUGGGCCUAUGUAGCAUCCGCAGCUGGGACUCUUCUCACUUUCUACUGUCCUUUCUUGGCUUACUUCAGUUUCUACAAAGUGUACAAAAGCUACAACUCCAUACACUCGGAGCCAGAUGAAGCACAUCUCAAUCCAAACUUUAUGUUUUAAUGUGUCUAAAGACUUUCCUCUUUUUGUGGGACCAUUUUGAUGCAAAAUCAUAGAGUAGGUUAAAAUAAUUUUCAUCACAACUCAUUCAAAUCAAUGUGUGUGUCUAAUCCUCUUUACGACAUAUUAUGUAUCUUAAUUCAUGUAUCACCUCACUUAUGUUCUACUCUGUAAUAUUUCACGAAUUUCUCCAAUCGCAUCAUUUAAGUGUAACAGUCAUGGAACGAACAUAUAAUAAACAAGA